UUGUAAUUCCUCCUCGAAGUCUUUGGAUCAUAUUGCGACUUGCUCCGCUCCGCUUCACCACCAGACCCUUCAAAACCUCUUCAGCUUGAAAGGAAACACUUGAACGAUGUGUGGAAUUUUCGCCUACCUGAAUUACAGAGUGCCACAGACGAGGAGGGAUAUCUUUCAGACCCUCAUAAAUGGACUUCAAAGGCUGGAGUACAGGGGUUAUGACUCUGCAGGUGUUGCAGUAGAUGGCUCAGGUAAAGAUCAUACUGCUAGUAUCAGCCUCUAUAAGAAGACAGGGAAGGUGAAAGCUCUCGAUGAAGAGAUCUACAAGAACAACUCCAUCGAUUUCGAGGCAGAACUGGACACACACUUUGGCAUUGCACACACUCGCUGGGCCACGCAUGGAGAGCCCAGUCCUCUCAACAGCCACCCUCACCGAUCUGACAAGAACAAUGAAUUUGUUGUCAUCCACAACGGCAUCAUCACAAAUUACAAGGAGCUGAAGAAGUACCUGGUUUCCAAAGGCUACGAUUUUGAGUCGGACACAGACACCGAGGUCAUCCCUAAGUUGAUCAAGUAUCUCUAUGACAACCGCGAGAACGAUUAUGUGUCCUUCUCCACCCUAGUUGAGCGCGUCAUUCAACAGCUGGAAGGGGCAUUUGCUCUGGUUUUCAAAAGCAUUCAUUUCCCAGGAGAGGCCGUUGCCACCAGGAGGGGCAGCCCGCUGCUCAUCGGUGUGCGCAGUCAAUAUGAGCUUUCCACAGAGCAGAUCCCUGUCCAGUACAACUGCAGUAAUUCCAGGACAGAUGAACAGGAGAAAAACUUACUGAACCGAAGGGGCAGCACCAAUGCCUUGCACUCAGUCCAUGACAGACUGGCGGUGGAGUUUUACUUUGCCUCUGAUGCUAGUGCCAUUAUUGAGCAAUUUUUGUUUUUGUGCUCACACGGUUUCAUACCUUCAGGUAACUUCAAGGCUUUCAUGCAGAAGGAGAUCUUUGAGCAGCCUGAAUCUGUCGUCAACACCAUGAGAGGCAGAAUCUGUUUUGACAGCAACACAGUUAUUCUUGGUGGCCUUUCUGACCAUCUGAAGGAGAUCAAGAGAUGCAGACGCUUGAUUGUGAUUGGCUGUGGAACCAGUUACCAUGCAGGAGUGGCAACACGUCAGAUCCUUGAAGAGUUGACUGAGCUUCCUGUUAUGGUCGAGUUGGCCAGUGAUUUCCUAGACCGCAUUACACCCGUUUUCAGAGAUGAUGUCUGUUUCUUCAUCAGCCAGUCAGGUGAGACGGCAGACACUCUGAUGGCAUUACGCUACUGUAAGCAGCGCGGGGCACUGACUUUGGGCGUCACCAACACUGUUGGCAGCUCCAUCUGCAGGGAGACCGACUGUGGAGUUCACAUCAAUGCUGGGCCUGAGGUUGGAGUCGCCAGCACUAAGGUAUUGUAGAGCCCAAUUGAAAUUAAC